AGGACCAGGACCCCUUUGUGGAAGACCCACCACAAGAAAAUUUAUCACUACCCCACUUCUGGUGGUGCACGAUCGCGGGCCUUUUGUCCCCGGUCUUUUUUGAAAAGAAAAUUGGAAUUAUUCAAAUCAUCAGCACUUUCCACCACACUGUCACACUUCCCGAAACAGAACUAUAGUUCACCCUGACUGUCUUGUUUUGACUGUCCCUGCUUCGAUUUCCUACGUCAGAGCACUGCACAAGUUUGAUUUUCUUCCUCCUCCAUACAACAAAGAUUCUCGACGUACUUGGUUCCAUUUUUGACCUCUUUAUGGGUUGAAGUUUGUUGAAGUAGUGAAUAACCUAAAGACACGUGACAAAAACAAUGGCGAAGAAAAGCACAUCGUGCACCUCAUCCGCCGCUUCGGCGUGCUCUUCCCCUUGCAAGAUGUUGGAAUGCGUACCGAUGUGUGGAGGUAUUCUUGCGGCCUAGUAAGCGUAAGCUUCCUGUUCCUCCAGUGCCACUCUAGUAAAUCUCAAUCUUUUCGUCUUAGUAGUACGCUUCUGAUGUGUGCAACAAGUGGUGCGUCAUUACUUUUCGAAGCAAGAAUCGUCCAGUUUGAUCACAUGCUCUUUUAAUGAUAUUCUUGGGCCUGAGAAUUGACAUUGAGCAUUAUGAUUAUACAUUAAAUUCUCUUGUUACUAACUUCGGCACAGGUUCUGUGUGGCUUGCGGGAAACCUCUUGUUCGCAAUGGAAUUUUUGGGCGUCUCACCAGUCAUUCUCCUGAUUUCAUAUGGACCGAUGAUCCUGCUCGCAUUGGGACUCUGCGCGAAGAUGACAGGACGUACUAUAUUGGGAUCCUACAACAUUUGAUGAAUUUUUUCAUCGUGAUGUAGUUUCGUCCCACAUUCUUCAAAAAUCUUCUACUUUUGAUAUUCACGCAAAAAAGAUGCUUUGAUUCAGUGACGAAAUGAAGAAAUGUCACUCCCCUUGUCCCUUACUCACAUCAACCACUACAACCAGGCAUCAAGUCAGAAACGGGAGAUGUGUCACUGGAGAUGCUCUAUUCUCGUGAGGACUUCUCUGAGAAAAGUACUGCUGUCUAUGAUGCUGCAUCAGGAGUGAUGGAGACCGUUUCUCCUCUGUUGACCUGGAAAGAGCCUACGACCUCUUUUGCUGUCGCUAUGGCAAGGUAAGAAAAAAAUCAUUUGCAAACUCUCUUCACGCGCGAAUCAGAUAAUAAUUGUGGACUCUUUUUUUAUCUACCACGAUCAUUGCACGCUUUUUUUUGCUCUGCAACCUUACUCAACAUUUACCACGCAUUAACAGCUAUGUUUUCGGAUGGGUUGCCUGCUUGAUCGGAAUCUGGGGGCUGGUUUUCUUGGCCUUUAAUGUGUGCGCUGUUUUCGCCUUCUUCGGAGAUGAGAUUUGCGUUGCUGCGGCUCCGCAUGUGGCCAGAGCGAAGAAGGAACUCACAGCUCUUUCUGCCAAGGUUCCCCGCUACGCUCCCGAAAAAAAAGCUCUGUAAGUAAGUAAGUAGUAGUUGAACAACUAGACGAAGGUCUUGAUCGUCCUAUAAUUUAACACGCAAUCAUAAUUUUUUGUGUGCAACGAAUAGAUGUUGAUGACAUAGCUAGUAGAACGAGUAGAAGUUAUCUUAUUUUCUUUUCCAAGAACAUGCACACACAACUUCUGGCAACAGAAGCGUACUCGAAGCUGCACAUAAUCCUGUGCUGUGACUUUUUUUGACAUGAUUUUCCAUCAACUUCUAUACACAGAGAAUACACUACAACAACGGAUAAUGAAGCUCCAGAAGGACGAACUAAAGCACCAGCACUCUACAAGGGUGUAUGGGGUCAACGGGAAAUUAUAUAAUGAUUCGAAGCUCAGAAUUUCGUUACCUCGCCCUAGUUUGCUCUAGUACUAUCAUACUUUACAAUGGAAGGCGGAUUAAAAUGAUUAUACAUGAUCACGGAGCAAAAUGGCUUCUUGUAGACCGCUUUUGGACGGGAAAAAUAAUGACAAUUUACAUUGUUGGCUUCACACACACACGCAAGAUGAAGGAACAAUAAAUUUACGCCUGAAUUUUAUGUAUCGAUAGUUGUAUACGUUGUCGUUGGUUUACGUUAUUGUUGUAUUUUUUUCUCUUCACCUUCGCAAUCCUGCGAAAAAGAACCAUGCGGUCGUGGACGAAGUUCUUGAUGUGUUCCACAUACUCAGCGGCCUCUAGAUGACCUUUUUUGCGCCAUGAAAUAAUUGCACCAGUACGAAUCCGAAUCUUGAUCUCGCACUUAGAGAUGUUUCAUCAUACUCUUCCUUUUCUUGUUGAGCAUCAUUGGUCCACACGAGCUUCUCCGAUAGAACCCUCCUUGAGCUGUUCCUGGCCUCAAAGUGUGAGAGUAACACGCUCCACUGGUACUAAGUAAGCAGUUUGGAUCCUCUUUGUUGCUGAAUGAGAGAAUUGCUAACGCAUCGAAAUGACGAUGAAUCAAACUGCAUCACUGAUGAAAGAAACCUGCUCAAGGUCAACGCGAACGACGAAGCUGCUUCUCUCUUCG